AUGGCGACGCCUAGUGCCGCCUUUGAUAUGGCAGACUUUGUCGAUUUCGGAGAAACAGGCAUGCCCAACGUGUCACAGGAAGCUUCUUUCGGCGUGUCUGAGACAGCACCACCCCAGAACUCUUUACUGGAUGAUAAAUCUGGAGAGCUGGAGAACUCCGACAGUAUCCAACCCGCAAGUGCAGAGUUCAAUACGAACUUUAGCAGCUGGCUUCCGACUUAUCAAAAGGCUGUUCAGCCUUGCGAGUACUGUCGAUCGAAAUCUCUCGAAUGCUUUAUCUUCAACGCCGAUGGCUCCAAGCGAUCCGGAUGUUCGCCAUGCAACGCUUUGUUUCGACCAUGCAGCUUCAGCAACCCUGAGCGGAUGCCAGGUAUGCGCCAGAGGACUGCGCUGGACACCUUAGACGUCGUGGCAGAGAACGACAUUCGACAUGUCGGUGGUCUCACUGGUAAGAAGCAGAUGCGAUCGCUAGGUCACCUCGGUCCGAUCGAAGAUGGAAAAGAGGAUGACGAAGGUCCCAAGAAGGGUGCUGCAGCUGCUCGCUUUCCACGAGCGGCUGUGAAAGUGCUCAAAGACUGGAUGCUCAUGCAUAUCGAUCAUCCAUACCCGACCGACGAGGAGAAGGAGACGCUGAAGCAAGAGACUGGCCUAUCGGUCGGUCAAAUCUCGAACUGGAUGGCGAACACAAGGCGAAGGCAGAAGGCUCGACCCAAGCGAAGCGCUUCGCCAAGUCUCCGACCAUCAACAGGAGCUAUCAACAUCCCAGCAGGCAAGACCUGGGAAAGCAUGAAUCCGUUCGAACGAUGGAAGCACUCUCCUCCUGAGAACGAACCUGCGCCGAUGAACGCUAUUGCGCACGCUGUUGAGACUUUCGACCUGCCGCAAACAGAGAGCUCAAGUAGCAGCUAUCGCAAGGAUAUAUCCAACGAUAGCACCGGAAGCUUCUCUGUAUUCAGAGCACCCUCUAUCUCCUCCCUGGAGACCCGCCCUACCAACGUGUCGUCUGGCUCCUUUGGAUCUCACAACUCAGCCUACUCGCAUGGUUCGCGCCACUCCCUCGGCUCGUUAAACAGCUUGAAGUCCAAGGAGAGGCGAAGGCGUCGUCGCAUUCCCACCCGAGCACCAAAAGCUGGUCCUGACGAGGGGCAACGUAUCUUUCAGUGCACGUUCUGCACUGAUACAUUCAAGUCCAAAUACGAUUGGUCGCGGCACGAGAAGAGUCUUCACUUGUCACUGGAGAAAUGGCUAUGUGCCCCUCUGGGUGAGAUUGUCGCCGACAAAGCUACCGGAAAGCCCCGAUGCGUAUACUGCGAUGAGCUAGACCCCAGUAAAGAGCAUUUGGCCACGCACAACCACUCCGCCUGUUACGAGAAGGGCCCAGAGUCCCGAACCUUCUACCGGAAAGACCAUCUUCGUCAACACUUACGACUCAUGCACGGUUGCAAGAUGACCUCCAGUAUGGACACAUGGAAGUCAGAAGCCCAAUACAUCAAAUCUCGUUGCGGCUUUUGCGGGAUGAACUUUGACAAGUGGCAAGACCGCCUCGACCAUUUGGCGAAAGAGUUCCGCAACGGCGCACACAUGAAGAACUGGAAGGGAUGCAGGGGCUUAGACCCUCAUGUCGCUAUCCACGUCACGAACGCGAUGCCGCCUUAUCUCAUCGCCAACGAAAGCAAAUCGCCAUUCCCGUUCUCAGCAUCCAACACUGCGAGCCUCAAGCAGCUUAAUCUAUCCGUCGACAGCAAGGACCUUGAAUACCUUUUACCCAACGUUGAUGAUAUCGACUACACGAACAACGUGUCUGCGGCAUACCAACCUGGCAGCGAUCCCUCUACUAUCGGACCCAUCGUCCUGACGACACCAAAAGACUAUUCUCCUUCCAAGUCCCUCGCUGACAACCCAAACGCAACCUGCUGGGAGAUUCUCACACUGCAGCUGGGCCGUUUCGCACGAGAGCACAUCGCAAAGCAUGGCUCCGCAAACUUGACCGACGAGGUGUUGCAAGCAGAGUCGCGUCGUAUCCUCUACGACGACGAUGAUCCAUGGAACCAAACAUCUGCGGAUAACCCCGAAUGGCUGAACUUGUUCAAGAAAGCACACGGCAUCAACUGCCAAACCCCAAUAAAGAAUAUCAACGGAGAACACGAGAUAUUCGAAGACCUCGGCAUCAACUACGGCUCCGCAUUAGAUCCAAGCUUCGACGUGAGCAACUUCGCCUGCACCUCGAUGUCGCAGAACGAUCCUUUGCGUGCCCUAUCUUACGAAUUCGCGCUAUCCGGCUCGGUAGGCGCCGUUCAAGGACAUGCGCGACAACUCUCCUCGGGUCGCCAAACACCCUACAGCGUACCAGGACUAACCGGAUCGCCUACCUCACCAGCGUCGUACGCUCCCAUCACGACUACUUCGAGCGCAGACAACUUACUAGGUUUCUGUGAGCCCAUCUCAGAACUCGCGUGCACAGGAGCCGGUACUUGUCGCGGCGAGCAAGGCGAGAUCGGCUUCUCGAUUAAGACUGCUGGGUUACCGAAGAGGAGGUACUGGCUCGAUGAUUCGACUGCGCAUCUGGCGCCGUUCACAUCCAGCGCUAGCGAACAGCCCAUGGUUGCCGGUUUGACUGCGGGUGGGCCUACUGUCAACGACUUCCAGUUCCCUUCGUGGGAUCAACUGCCAGAGGAUUUCCAGAACCCAACGAGCAGCGCGGACUUUGACUCUACUGUUCCUAUCACGACUACUGGUGUUGGUAUGGCAGCUGUUGAGGGUACUGAUGCGAUGCCCUGGGAUGAUAUGGACUUUGCUAUGGAUUUGGAUACGGAUAUGGAUUUGGGUCUUAACCAGGUAUGA